AGAAGGCAACUUAUACCGUCUGCUGUGCUGGAACGACUAGAACUCACUAUAACGUGUGUGUGUGUGAGGUGGAUUCACAGUCUUCGUCAUGAUUCGUACAGUAAUGGUGUUGUUUUUGUUGCUUUACGUUCAUGGUGUUGAGAGUAACAUUAUACAGAUGGACUUGGACUAUGGAAGCGUUACACCUUCUUUUAAGCAGAUUGUUGUAGAUAAGGUAGAAGGUGUUGAGUGGGACAGCUACAAGAGGGACCAGGAGGAAGGUGUUGAGUGGGACAGCUACAAGGAAGGUGUUGAGUGGGACAGCUACAAGAGGGACCAGGAGGAAGGUGCUGAGUGGGACAGCUACAAGAGGGACCAGGAGGAAGGUGCUGAGUGGGACAGCUACAAGAGGGACCAGGAGGAAGGUGCUGAGUGGGACAGCUACAAGAGGGACCAGGAGGAAGGUGCUGAGUGGAACAGCUACAAGAGGGGCCAGGAGGAAGGUGUUGAGUGGGACAGCUACAAGAAGAGUGCGGCAGAGUUCCAGGAGAGGAUCAAGAGGCUGGUUGAGGAUCACGUCGCUGAAAACUUGGAGGCGAGAAGACUGAGGACCUCUGAGGAGACUUACCCUCAGUGGCUCUCUUACCUCGCGACCUCCACCAUCACCAACAACCUCCUGAGUCUCACCCACCACCACCACCUGCCCUCCACGCCGCCCUCCACGCCGUCAUCCACGCCGCCAUCCUCCCAGUCACACACGCCCGGCCACUACCCCUCCUUCGGGCAACAGUUCCCGACGGUCUUUUCGGUGUUGCUAAAGUCAUUGAGAGAGAAGUCCCCGGACGACGAAGGUGCAGCUACUGACGAAGGUGCAGCUACUGAGGGAGGUGUGCGAGGGGUGGGGGACGUGGCAGAGGUGGUGGAGGAAGGGACUGAGCGACUCCUCCCCUCCGUCAGACGACGCCGUGAAGAUAACGGAGUGAUGUAUUUACCAGUUCGUGGUGGAGGCGGCGGGUCCUCUUGUCCCUCCUACGCCGACACCGUCGCCUCCUCCCUUACCCAGAUGGCCUUCGCUUCUAUGGCCGUCACCGUCUUCAACGCCAUUGCCAACAUCGCCAACAACAUCAACAACAACAAUGACAACAAUAACAUCAACAGCAACAGUAACGUGGCCAACAACAACGCCAACGUCGCCAGCAACAGCAACAACGGUAACCAGGUCAACGUGGUGCUGCCUCCGCCGAUCCCCGGCAGAAGGCGUCGAGACGUUCAGACUGCCGGGCGCGUCGACGAUACUGUGAGACAAGUACAGUUAGGGAGGCACCUGACCAAGACUCUGUAUGUUGCGGGUGACGGACCUGAGCGUGAUGUCCCCCUCACUGGUGAUGAUGGCAGUGUGAUGAAGAACAUGUUGGUUAAGUUCCAGAAGGAGUUAAGAGGACAUAAAGAAUCUGUUACAAGAAGUGUUGACGGUUGUUUCUCACGUAAAGUUUACUCCCGGGCGUCUCUGGCCACUCUCCGCGCCCUACAGGACCUCAUCACGGCACCCAGGCAAGAUAUAAGCGAGAAGAGGACCACAGGAACAGGGAACAGCCGGGUAGAUAACAGUGAUAGUUCCGGGUCUCAGGCAAAACCUACAACUUUUCCGAGUGCAGACACGACACUCCUGCCUCAGCUAAACACUACGGUAAUCCUCAGCUCUCUCGUGUUACAUCACCACUCAGGUUAAGUGUGAUACAAGCGUGAUCCACAGACUCAUUUACCAGCGU